GGUAUGAGCUCCGAGGCGCCACAGCAACUCCUCCAGAAGCAGCAGGAGGGGCAGGGACUCACAGCAGAGCCAUGAACCGGGACAUCUGCCGUGUUUAAUGGCACGAAGAGCAAGUCGGAUGGCCGCACACAUCCUCCUCAGCUUAACCGAGACCACUUUGUUUUGGAGACUGUGACUGAAAGCUGUUUGGGUUUGGUCGAGCUGAGUGUUCUGUCUGAACCUUACCUUACUUUACUUUCUGGACACUUUUUGCGCGAAUGAGCUUCAUAUGCUGCUGUCUCUGGCGCUCAGCUAGCUGACUGGCAUCCUUUAGUCCGGGGGAUCUUCGAUCAGCUCAAUAUGUACCAGGGGCAUCUGCAGGGGAAAGACUCUAGGGCUGCAGAUAAGACCGUUGCCAUGGUCCUGAAGGAGAUACCCAAUAAGGCGUCCUCAGAAGGCAAGCCCCUCCUCACGGUGACAAACAAGCUGGUGAGCGAGCAACAAGAGAGCCGUCCUUUGUUGAGCCCCUCCAUCGACGACUUCCUGUGUGAGACCAAAUGCGAUGGAGCUGUCCGUCCAGUUACCUCCAACACAGCAGUCCUGUCCUCUUCACUGGACCUGCUGGACCUGAGUGAGCCUGGAGAGAGGAGGAACAGUAAAGACAGAAAGAGCCCUGUGUCCAGCAAGAACACACCACACAGAAAGAAACCAGACGAAACAGAGUUGAUCCAGGUGGACGUUGAACAGAGCACGCCCCGCUCACGCACACCUGUGAAAGACUCUCUGGAUUCAGCUAAUCCUUCUCCACUGGAGAAAUGGGAGGAACUCAACCUGCAUCCAGAGCGAACCGGUAGCAGAAAAUGGAAACUGGACAGAAGACGGUCAUCAAAGAAUUCGGGAGAGUUUGUUUGGUCAAUUGAUGGGAAAAUACAAUCCGAAACAGCCACCAAGAACUCAUUAGAAGUAAAUUACAAAGUGGAGACAGAGACAUCUCCUGUCACACAACUCAACAAGCAGUAUGUUAGUGGAAGACAUGGCCGACUGAGCAAAGACCAGCGGUGGGGCAGCGCACUCCUGUCCAGAAACCAGUCCCUUGAGGAGGAAUUUGAGCGAGCCAAAGCAGCCGUGGAAUCAGACACAGAGUUCUGGGAUAAGAUGCAGGCCGAGUGGGAGGAACUGGCCCGCAGGAACUGGCUGAUGGAGAACGAGCAGGCCCAGAUACCCUCCACAGUGUCUCCUCACGAAAAGGGAUAUUACUUCCACACAGACAAUCCAUAUAAAGAUUGGCCUAAUGCAUUUGAAGAGGGCGUGCGGAAGGCCAGAGAGGGAGACCUGCCAAACGCAGUUCUACUGCUUGAGGCGGCCAUCUUGCAGGACCCUCAAGACUCUGAGGCUUGGCAAGUAUUGGGGACCACACAGGCAGAGAAUGAGAACGAGCAGGCAGCAAUUGUCUCCCUCCAGAGGUGUCUGGAGCUCCACCCCAACAACCUCCAGGCCCUGAUGGCCUUGGCAGUGAGCCUGACCAACACAGGCAUGAAGCAGGAUGCCUGCGAGGCGCUGCUGGGCUGGCUGAAGCACAACCCCAAAUACAAACACCUGCUGAAGACCCGCAGUCACCUGCAGGGCUCGCCCGGAUCCCGCCGCCUCUCCUGCACUUUACCAAUGCCAUGCUCUCUGCUGCCAGAGGUGAAGGAGCUGUUUCUGGAAGCUGCAGGGCAGAACUCAGACAUCAUUGACCCAGACUUGCAGACGGGCCUAGGAGUGCUUUAUAACCUCAGCUCCGAGUUCAACAAGGCUGUGGAAGCCUUUAACGCUGCCCUGUCCGUCCGGCCAGAGGACUACUUGUUGUGGAAUCGUCUUGGGGCAACGCUGGCUAAUGGAGACCGCAGUGAGGAGGCGGUAGAGGCUUACACCCGGGCCCUGGAGCUCCACCCUGGCUUUAUACGCUCACGCUAUAACUUAGGCAUCAGCUGCAUCAACCUGGGAGCGCACAGGGAGGCUGCCAGCAAUUUCCUGACAGCACUCGGUCUGCAGAGGAAGAGCAGGAGCCGGCAGUUCUCGCACCAGGUCAUGUCUGGAAACAUCUGGGCAGCCCUGAGGAUAGCCCUGUCUAUGCUGGACCAGCCCGAGCUUUUCCAGGCGGCUAACAUCGGGGACCUGGACUUACUCAUGAGAGCCUUCAACUUGGAUAUGUGAACUAGGAAGCCCUUUAGACUGCGUACAAGCCAAGAACCCAAAGCCCUUCAUAGGAAGUAACCCGUUACCUGCGUUACAAACUGAGUCUUUUAUUCUUUUUCGCAGAGCACCUUUACAUUCCUGCGGACUGCUGGUGCUUAAUGAGAGACAGUUUCUGACGGAUUUGCACUGCAGCAGAAGAUUUCCCCGAAGAGCACAAUGCCUGGCAAAGAUUGUAGAAGUAUGCCUUAGAGAAAAUAUCAAUUAGUGACGACUCAUCCAGUGGAGCUGGGACAUGCUGUAAGAACUCUGAAAUACAGUUUGUACCUCUCGCAACCUGAAAAGGGUCCCAGGUUCUGUAUGACAAAGCUGAUAACAUUUGCAUUGACAAACAGUUCAGAGCAAUAGUUUGAAAUUGCUUGAGAAAAGAUUCAGUAGUUCAGCCCUCAUAUCCAAUUUUUAUGAAAAAAGCAACAACUUUCAAUAUUCAGUAGAGUUAAUAAUGAUCAGUAACCCAUUGGUAAAUGAAUGGGCAGUAUCUUCAUCAGACUUUUGUUGCACUGCACUAGAUUCAGGAUCCCUGUAGAUGCUUUCCUUAUCACUGCACUGCUAGAAAAAAGGCUCUUCCUGUUUGUUGCUGUAACUAGGCCAGAGUGUAAAGCCUUAUUCAAGAUGCAUGAUGAACAAUUAGCUAUUUCAGAGACUUUAUGAAGAUGAUUAGCAGAUGGAAGCCAUUACCUGCCAUAUCUUCCUUCUUCAAACAACUUGUCAACGGUCACCGAGAACUUUUCCUUCCAGUUUCACUAAUUUCAAGGCUUUCUGUUUGAACACCUUUACCCUGUCUCUGAAUGCCAUAGUGAUUGUUUUUGAUGCACAGAAGAAGCAGGCGGUCCUCGACAUUGUUGCUUGCCAUGAAGUAUAAUCAUGUACCACAUAUUCAGUCACUUUCAACUUUGUGUCAUUUUUUUUUUCCACAAAGGCCUGUGGCAUUAUUGCAAUAUGUGUCUUAAUGCUAAUGUGAUUGAUCCAGACACAAAUACUAAUGUUUGAGGCUCAGUAGGUUUGACUUAAUAUGGUCCUAAAAGAGCUGUGUGUUGCAUGCCUUAGGCAAAUGUGGCAAGAGGGAAGUGUCAAAAAAUGCUAUGCAAAAUUUAUCACAUGCCUGGGUUGAAUUUCCUGGGAGCAGGACAAGUAGUAUUGUUCAGAUGAAUCUAAUUACACCACACCUUUAACAUCAUCUAUCCGUGAUAUGUUUAAGAAUAUAUAUACUAUAUAUAUAUAUAAUUGGCUGCAACUGUUUUCCCAAAGACUCCAUAAAUGUGCCCAAUACACAAUACUCAGUACAUUUCUUGGCAGUAACAUGGUAGCAAAUUGUAUACCAGCUAUUUCAGAUUUAGCCUGAAUGACCAAAUCUGUUUUGGAUUUAUUUUGUAAUAUUGUUUUUACAUCCGGCUUCAUCUUUGCGUCUUGGUUACAUGGAAUAAUCUAAGAGCCCUGUAAACUGCUCUGGGAUCCAAACAGAACAGGUCUGUGCUAGAUAAUCGCUUGCUACUGUAAAUUCUAUUCUGGCUGCAUUAGUAGACCCCGAGGAAAGCCUCCCCUUUUUUAGAACUUUGUACAAUCUCAGGUGAGAUUAUUUAGAUGACCUUAUACUACUCUAGAAGAACUCCUAAUUUAAGAGGACCGCAUGCUGAAUGCACUUAUUUUUGAAUGCAGUAGCUUUAUUUAUAUGCAUGAAAUUGUCAUGCCUCUUUUACUCUAUUCUACCCUUUAUUUCUAUGACAUAUAUAUAACAAUCAUAACAGUUUUGCAUUUCAAAACAUACUGAUCUUUGCAUAUGGCAUUUAUCCUAAACACAAACUAUGUAAUAGUAAUCAGUUUUGCAAUGCAACGAGUACUCUAUAGACAAAAUAUUCUUUAUUGUAUACUUAUUCAUACUAUUCUCACAUAAGACCAAAUUUACUGAAGCCUGUAUUGCAAGCAAAGCUUAUUUAGUUCAAGGAAGCUGGCUGUAUGGACAGCGAUCUGUCAUGAAUCAGUCCUUUACUAAUCCUUUACUAGUUUCUUGAUGCUGAAACUACAUCACAGGCUUCAUUAAGUCUGGUGCAAUAUAUUUAAACAUAGCAAAAUAUAUUAAAAUAUCCAGCAAACAUAGAAAAGCGAUCUUUUAAAAUAAAAAAAAUGCAAAGUUUUGUGUGCUUGUCUGUUUUUAAUGAAUU